UUGGUAUCGUACCUGGGAAUCGUCUUGUUUCAUGCAUUGGACUUCGGGUUGAGCGAAGAAGAGGAGCGACAUCUCAGUCCGGACCUCGAGAGGCUUAUAGACAUGAUGACAGCUUCCGAUAACGUCCCGGAAAGACUGCAGGAGACCGACGAUGAAGGCAUCGAGCGGGACUCAGGCGAAGGAGAUGACGAGUCCAGCAGUUCUCCUCACCACGUCACGCUGUCGAAAGUCAUCGACCGAUGCUGUAAUCACCUUGGCGCUCCGUCCCCACAGCAGGCUGACGCACAUUACCGAGCCGUAUGCCGGGCGCUGGUCGCCGAGGCGCUCGAGCUGUCGUCCUUUCUUGAGAAGGUUUCUCAGGGGACCCAAGAGUUGCGAGCCAAGGCGGAGGCGGCGUCGACGGAUCUGGACAAGCUCCAGUUCUCAGACUGGACGGGCCUUAGGAUUUGGAGAACGCUGCAAGCGCGGCUCUGGGUUCAGGUGAUCCACGAGUUGCGGCACGGGGUGAAACUGAAGAAAGUGGAUUACAGUCACACUCCUAUUGAGUACGAACUCACUCCUUACGAGAUCCUGAUGGAUGAUAUCCGGUCUCGACGCUACAAGCUCAACAAGGUCAUGGUGGACGGCGACAUACCCCAUCGCAUCAAGAAGGAUGCCCAUGCCAUCAUCCUAGAAUUCAUCCGUUCCAGACCCCCACUGCGCAAGGCUUCUGACCGCAAACUGGCACCUCCCCGUAGCAGGCCUUCCACUCCGAGGGAGCUACUCAUGGAGUCUAUCAAGAAGGGUCGGAGGCUGAAGCCCUCUCUGAACCCGCUCAAGAAGAAAU